AUGCUGACUGAGUUCAAGNNAUACGUCCUCAUCCAUCAAGACGAUAUUGCCACAGCAGCAUGUCUAGACUCUGGCAAGACACGUGUAGAUGCUCUUUUCGGUGAAAUCCUAGUGACAGCCGAGAAACUCAAGUGGACGAUCGACCAUGGCGAAAAGGCUUUGCAACCCUCUUCCCGCCCUACAAAUUUCCUCAUGAUGUACAAGUCUAACUCGGUUGUCUACGAGCCUCUGGGCGUCGUGGCUGCCUGCGUCAGCUGGAAUUACCCUUUCCACAAUCUUCUGGGACCCAUCAUCUCGGCACUAUUCACUGGAAACGCAAUCAUCGUCAAGGGGUCUGAACAGACAGCUUGGUGUUCUGUCUUCUUUGCGGAUAUUGUCAAGAAUACUUUGAUGGCUUGUGGACACAGCCCUGAAUUGGUGCAGGCUGUCACUUGUUGGCCUACCACAGCAGAGCACCUGACUUCGCACCCUGGCAUUUCCCAUCUGACCUUCAUCGGCAGCAAACCCGUAGCUCAUCACGUCUGUACUUCUGCUGCUAAAUCUCUGACGCCGGUGGUGGUAGAACUUGGUGGUAAAGACGCAGCCAUCAUCCUCGAUGCUCCUAAUGGCAAGCCCAUGGCCAAAUCUGAAUUGCAGAGAAUCGAAAGCAUCAUCAUGCGUGGUGUCUUCCAAUCUGCCGGUCAAAACUGCAUCGGCAUUGAGCGUGUCGUCGCCAUGCCUCUUGCCUAUGACUACCUUCUCUCCGUCCUACCCCCAAGAAUCCGCUCCCUUCGUCUCGGCAACGCCCUCACAAGCACUGAAGUCGAUGUCGGUGCCCAAGUCAGCCCCGCCAACUUUGGGAAACUCGAAUCCCUAAUCGCUGAAGCUGUAUCCCAAGGCGCCAUCCUCUUAGCCGGCGGCACCCGCCAUUCUCAUCCCGAAUAUCCUCAAGGCCAUUACUUUACACCUACUUUACUUGCAGAAGUAACUCCUGAGAUGCGAAUCGCACAGGAAGAAUGUUUUGCACCUAUUUGCUUGCUCAUGCGCGCCGACACCGUUGAUAACGCCAUCAGCAUCACAAACUCCACAAUCUACGGGUUAGGUUGCAGUGUCUUUGGUCCCUCCUCCUCACCUCUUUCCCACGUCGCCUCCAGUGUAAAAUCCGGUAUGGUUGCCAUCAACGACUUUGCAGCUUACUACGCCGUUCAACUUCCCUUUGGCGGUGUAGGCGGUAGUGGCUACGGUCGCUUUGCAGGCGAAGAAGGACUCAGGGGUUUGUGCAAUGCGAAGAGUAUUUGUGUCGAUCGAUGGCCGUCGCUUAUCAAGACCGCUAUUCCUGCUGGUCUGGAUUAUCCUAUGAGAGCUACGGCAUGGGAGAUGGGUAAGGGUGUUGUCGAGUUGGGGUAUGGAGAGACUUUGAUGCGUAGAAUCAGGGGUUUGAAGAGGAUGCUUGGGGGCAUGUAA